UUUCUCUUUUGUCUUUCAGAUUUUUGUUAUUUUCGCAUUUUUAUAAGAAAAAAAGAAAAAAAAUUACCAAAACCAAAAUACAAAACUCAAAAAUAGUGAUGGAAAGUUAUCUCAUAUAUUGUUUGUAUUUUUAAUUUGUUGUACUACUCACUCCGUUCAUUUCAAGGAUUAGAGUUUCUUGAGAGUGGUUAGAGAUCAUUUAGUUUCUUCUUUUGAAGCCAAUUUGCAUCAGUCUUGUAGAUUACAUCAUUAAUAGCACCUGUUGUUCCGUUGUUGAUUCAUAAUCUAGCAGUUGUUCUUUGCAGAUCAUUUAGUUUCUUCUUUUUAAAGACAUUUUGCAUCAGUCUUGUAGAUCGCACCAUCAAUAGCACAAGUUGUUUCCGUUGUUGAUUCAUAAUCUAGAUUUUGACUCAAGUCACAAAGAAGAGGAGAAGAAACGAAAAUCAAUGGAGAUUUUAAUUUCUGUUGUUGCAAAAAUAGCCGAAUAUACCGUUGUGCCUUUUGGACGUCAAGCAAGUUACUUGAUAUUCUACAAAGGUAACUUCAAGACGUUAAAGGAUAAUGUUGAAGAUCUUGAGGCUACAAGAGAAAGAAUGAACCAUUUGGUUGAAGGAGAAACACAAAAUGGUAAAGUAAUUGAAAAAGAUGUUCUGAAUUGGUUGGAUAAAGUGAACGAGGUUAUUGAAAAGGCGAAUGGGCUCCAAAACGAUCCUCGCAAUGCCAAUGUUAGCUGCUCAGCAUGGCCGUUCCCCAACUUGAUUUUACGACAUCAACUAAGUAGGAAAGCCACAAAAAUUGCAAAAGAUGUUGUUCAAGUUCAAGGAAAAGGGAUUUUUGAUCAAGUUGGAUACCUUCCCCCUCUAGAUGUAGUAGCCUCUUCCUCAACAAGAGAUCGUGAAAAGUAUGACACAAGAGAGUCACUUAAGGAAGACAUUGUGAAAGCUUUAGCAGAUUCUACUUGCAACAUUGGGGUCUAUGGUUUGGGUGGGGUGGGUAAGACCACUCUUGUGGAGAAAGUUGCUCAAAUAGCCAAGGAACAUAAGUUGUUCGAUAGAGUGGUUGAGACAGAAGUAUCGAAAAAUCAAGACAUUAAAAGGAUUCAAGGGGAGAUUGCAGAUUCCUUGGGUCUGCGAUUGGAAGAGGAAACUAAUCGUGGCAGAGCAGAACGCCUUAGACAAAGAAUCAAGAUGGAGAAAAGUAUCCUUAUCAUUCUAGAUAACAUAUGGACCAUACUUGUUUUGAAAGAAGUGGGGAUACCAGUUGGUGAUGAACAUAAUGGUUGCAAAUUGUUGAUGACAAGUAGAGAUCAAGAAGUGUUACUGCAAAUGGAUGUUCCAAAGGAGUUCACUUUCAAAGUUGAACUUAUGAGUGAAAACGAGACAUGGAGUUUGUUUCAAUUUAUGGCAGGGGAUGUGGUUAAAGAUAGCAAUUUGAAAGAUCUACCAUUUCAAGUGGCCAGAAAAUGUGAAGGUUUGCCUCUUAGGGUAGUGAUUGUAGCACGUGCAAUGAAAAAUAAGAGGGAUGUUCAACUUUGGAAAGAUGCAUUAAGAAAAUUACAAAGUAAUGAUCAUAUAGAGAUGGACCCGGGAACUUAUUCUGCUUUGGAAUUGAGUUACAACUCAUUGGAGAGUGAUGAAAUGAGGGCUCUCUUCUUGCUUUUUGCAUUAAUGCUAUGUGAGUCUAUAGAGUACUUUCUCAAAGUUUCAAUGGGGUUGGACAUAUUGAAGCAUAUUAAUGUCAUAGAUAAUGCAAGAAAUGACAUGGAUGAUGCAAGAAAUGUCAUCGAUGAUGCAAGAAACAGACUUUAUACAAUAAUCAAAUCUUUGGAGGCGAGAUGUCUUUUGCUUGAAGUUAAAACAGAUGGAAUUAUCCAAAUGCAUGACUUUGUUCGUGAUUUUGCUAUCUCCGUAGCACGUAGGGAUAAACAUUUACUUCUAAGAGAACAAUCUGAUAAGGAAUGGCCACACAAGGAUUUUUUUGAAAGGUGCACGCAGAUCGUUCUAUAUAGGUGUGAUAUGCACGAGAUUCCUCAAACGAUUGAUUGUCCAAACAUUAAGCUUUUCAUUUUGUUCAGUAAGAAUCAAUCUUUAGAAAUCCCCGAUACUUUUUUUAAGGGUAUGAGAAGCCUUAGAGUGCUAGAUUUAACAUACUUGAACUUGUUAUCAUUGCCCACAUCGUUUCGGUUACUAAAAGACCUUCAAACAUUGUGUUUGGAUCAAUGCAUUUUGGAAAAUAUGGAUGCACUAGAAGCUUUGCAAAAUUUAGAAAUUCUUUCCCUUUUGAAAUCUUCAAUGAUCAAGUUGCCAAGAGAAAUAGGGAGAUUGACUCAAUUAAGAAUGCUUGAUUUGAGUCAUUCAGGAAUAGAAGUGGUCCCACCAAACAUCAUAUCAAGUUUGACUAAAUUGGAGGAGUUGUACAUGGGAAAUACCUCUAUAAAUUGGCAAGAUGUUAAUUUAACAGUUCAAAAUGAAAAUGCUAGCAUUGCCGAGCUUCGAAAGCUAUCCAACUUGAAAGCUCUAGAAUUACAAAUUCGUGAGACUUGGAUGUUGCCAAGGGACUUGCAAUUAGUGUUCGAGAAGCUUGAAAGAUAUAAAAUAGCUAUUGGAGAUGUGUGGGACUGGUCUGACAUCAAGGAUGGAACCUUAAAAACAUUGAUGCUCAAACUUGGUACAAACAUACAUUUGGAGCAUGGAAUUAAAGCAUUGAUUAAAGGUGUUGAGAAUUUGUACUUGGAUGAUGUAGAUGGAAUUCAAAAUGUGCUUCCUCACCUAAAUAGAGAAGGAUUUACAUUGCUGAAACAUCUCCACGUCCAAAAUAAUACUAACUUGAAUCACAUUGUUGACAAUAAAGAGAGAAAUCAAAUCCAUGCGUCCUUUCCCAUGUUGGAAACACUUGUACUUCUUAAUCUUAGAAACUUGGAGCAUAUAUGUCAUGGUCAACCUUCAGUUGCUUCUUUUGGAAGUCUCAGUGUUAUCAAAGUAAAAAAUUGCGUCCAGUUAAAGUAUCUUUUCUCCUUUACAAUGGUUAAAGGACUUUCUCACCUUUGUAAGAUUGAAGUUUGUGAGUGCAAUUCUAUGAAGGAGAUAGUGUUCAGAGACAACAAUUCAAGUGCUAAUAAUGAUAUCACUGAUGAAAAAAUCGAGUUUCUUCAAUUGCGUUCUUUGACUUUAGAACAUUUGGAGACACUUGAUAAUUUCACCUCUGAUUAUUUGACACAUCAUAGAAGUAAAGAAAAGUAUCAAGGUCUAGAGCCUUAUGCUUAUACUACACCAUUUUUUAAUGCUCAGGUUGCAUUUUCUAAUUUGGAUACCCUUAAAUUGAGCUCACUUCUCAAUUUGAAUCAAAUUUGGGAUGACAAUCAUCAAUCAAUGUGCAACUUGACUAGCUUGAUUGUGGAUAAUUGUGUUGGAUUGAAGUAUUUAUUCUCAUCUUCUUUGGUUGAAAGUUUUAUGAACCUCAGACACCUUGAAAUAAGUAAUUGUCAUAUGAUGGAGGAGAUAAUAGCUAAAAAUGACGGAAACAAUGCUUUGAGAGAGGUUCAUUUUUUGAAAUUAGAGAAAAUCAUACUCAAGGAUAUGGACAACUUGAAGACAAUAUGGCAUCACCAAUUUGAAACAUCGAAGAUGUUGGAAGUGAACAAUUGUAAGAAAAUUGUGGUGGUUUUUCCAUCUUCACUUCAAAACACAUAUAAUGAGCUUGAGAAGUUGGAGGUUAAAAAUUGUGCUUUAGUUGAAGAGAUAUUUGAAUUGACUUUCAAUCAAAAUAACAGUGAAGAGGUUAUGACACAAUUGAAAGAGGUUACUCUAGAUGGACUGUUGAAGUUGAAAAAGAUAUGGAGUGGAGAUCCUCAAGGAAUUCUUAGUUUUCAAAAUCUAAUAAAUGUACAAUUGAAGGGGUGUGCACGCUUGGAGUAUCUGUUACCACUCUCUGUAGCCACUCGUUGCUCACAUCUCAAGGAACUUUGGAUAAGAGAUUGUUACAACAUGAAGCAAAUUGUUGCAGAGGAGAAAGAAUCUAGUGUGAAUGCAGCUCCCAUAUUUGAGUUUAACCAACUAAGUACUUUAUUGCUUUGGAGCUUAUACAAACUCAAUGGUUUCUAUGCUGGAAAUCAUACUCUAGCGUGCCCAUCUUUGAGGAAUAUUAAUGUCGCUAGAUGUACAAAGUUGAAAUUGUUCACGACAUUAUCUACAAGAAGCUCCAAUUUUCGAGAUGGCAAACACUCUGUUUUAACGAAACAACCGCUUUUCAUUGCCGAAGAGGUGAUUCCAAACUUGGAGGCGUUGAGGAUGGGACAGGCGGAUGCUGACAUGAUAUUGCAAACUCAAAACUCAAGUUCCCUCUUUAGCAAAAUGACUGUUAUUGGCUUGAGUGACUAUGAGAGUGAAGAGGCAAGAUUUCCUUAUUGGUUUCUUGAAAAUGUGCAUACUCUUGAGUCACUAGUUGUUCAGUGGAGUUGCUUCAAGAAGAUAUUUCAAGAUAAAGGAGAAAUAACUGAGAAGACUCAUCCACAUAUCAAAAGACUGUCAUUGAAUCAAUUACCUAAACUUCAACAUAUAUGUGAGGAAGGAUCUCAAAUUGACCCAGUUCUUGAGUUCCUUGAACACUUAGUGGUUGAUAGCUGUUCUAGUUUGAUAAAUUUGAUGCCUUCCUCUGUCACACUUAAUCAUCUGAGGCGGUUAGAGAUAAUAAAAUGCAAUGGGCUAAAAUAUUUGAUCACAACUCCUACUGCACGAAGUUUGGACAAACUCACUGUGCUGAAGAUAAAAGAUUGUAAUUCACUUGAUGAAGUAGUUACUGGAGUAGAAAAUGUUGACAUUGCUUUUAUGAGUUUACAAAUUUUGAUGUUGGAAUGUUUGCCAAGCCUCAUCAAGUUUUGCUCUAUCAAGUGUUUCAUGAAGUUUCCGUCGUUGGAGAAAGUAAUUGUGGGGGAAUGUCCUCGUAUGAAGAUUUUUUCUGCCGGAAACACAAGUACACCAAUUCUUCGAAAAGUUAAAAUUGCAGAAAUUGAUUCAGAAUGGCAUUGGAAGGGAAACUUAAACGAUACAAUAUACAACAUGUUUCAAGAUAAGGUGGGAUUUGGUAGUUUCAAGCAUUUAAAACUGUCUGAAUAUCCUGACCUUAAAGAGUUCUGGUAUGGUCGACUUGAGCAUAAAGCAUUUAGGAGUUUGAAGCAUCUAGUGGUUCAUAAAUGUGAUUUUUUAUCCGAUGUGCUCUUUCAACCUAACUUGGUAGGAGUACUGAUGAACUUGGAAGAAUUAGAUGUGAAGGAUUGUAAUUCAUUAGAAGCAGUUUUUGAUUUGAAAGGUGAAUUCACAGAAGAAAUUGCUGUGCAGAAUUCUACUCAAUUGAAAAAAUUAAAACUAUUCAAUCUUCCAAAACUGAAACAUGUAUGGAAAGAGGAUCCACAUUACACUAUGAGGUUUGAAAAUUUAAGUGAUGUAUCUGUUGUGGAUUGCAAAAGCUUGAUAAGCCUCUUUCCAUUCUCAGUGGCUAGAGAUAUGAUGCAACUUCAAAGUCUUCGAGUACGUAGCUGUGGGAUUCAAGAAAUUGUUAAAGAGGAGGAAGCAACAAAGGAGAUAGUUAAAUUUGUGUUUCUGCAGUUAACAUCCAUUAUACUUCAAUAUUUGCCCAAACUUAAGGCAUUCUUUGUUGGGGCCCAUUCUCUUCAAUGUAAAUCAUUGAAAACAAUAAAUUUGUUCGGAUGUCCAAAAAUAGAGCUAUUUAAGGCAGAGCCUUUGAGACACCGAGAAAGUUCCAAUAAUGAUGAGCUCAAUAUCUCAACUAACCAACCUCUUUUUGUGAUUGAAGAGUUUUUGCAACAGGUACUUGCUAAUGUGGAGAAUUUGCAUUUGAACGAUAAAGAUUUCGGCAUGAUAUUGCAGAGCCAAUAUUCAGGGGUUCAAUUCAACAACAUCAAACACAUUUCCGUUUGUGAGUUUUACAAUGAAGAAGCAACUUUUCCAUAUUGGUUCUUGAAAGAUGUUCCUAAUUUAGAAACCUUGUUGGUCGAAUGGAGUUCCUUCACGGAGAUAUUCCAAGGUGAACAAAUCAUAAGAACAGAAAAGGAACCUGAAAUUAUCCCGCAGCUUAGAAAGUUGACACUACGGAACCUGACCAGGCUUCAAUGUAUAUGCAAAGAAGGAGUUCAAAUUGACCCAGUUCUACAUUUUGUUAAAAGCAUUCGGGUUCAUCAGUGUUCCAGUCUGAUAAUGUUAGUUCCAUCCUCUGUUACCUUUAGUUACAUGACCAAUUUGGAGGUAACAAACUGCAAUGGGUUGAAAAAUUUGAUAACACACUCAACAGCAAAGAGUCUUGUCAAACUCACAACAAUGAAGAUUAAAAUGUGUAAUUGGCUUGAGGAUAUAGUGAACGGUAAAGAAGAUGAGACAAAUGAGAUUGUAUUUUGCAGUUUACAAAUUCUAGAACUAAUUUCUUUACAAAGGCUAUGUCGAUUUUGUUCAUGCCCAUGCCCCAUUAAGUUUCCGUUGCUGGAAGUUGUAGUUGUCAAAGAAUGUCCUCGAAUGGAACUUUUUUCAUUGGGAGUUGCCAACACAACAAAUCUUCAAAAUGUACAAACUGAUGAAGGAAAUCAUUGGGAGGGUGACCUCAACAGAACCAUAAAGAAAAUGUUUUGUGAUAAGGUGGGAUUUGGUAGUUUCAAGCAUUUAAAACUAUCUGAAUAUCCCGAGUUAAAAGAGUUCUGGUAUGGUCAACUUGAGCAUAACGCAUAUAGGAGUUUGAAGCAUCUAGUGGUUCAUAAAUGUGGUUUUUUAUCCGAUGUGCUCUUUCAACCUAACUUGCUAGAAGUGCUGAUGAACCUGAAAGAAUUAGAUGUGGAGGAUUGUAAUUCAUUAGAAGCAGUUUUUGAUUUGAAAGAUGAAUUUGCCAAAGAAAUUGUUGUCCAGAAUUCUAGUCAACUCAAGAAAUUAAAACUAUCUAAUCUUCCAAAACUGAGGCAUGUAUGGAAGGAGGAUCCACAUAACACUAUGAGGUUUCAAAAUUUAAGUGAUGUAUCCGUUGUGGGAUGCAAUAGCUUGAUAAGCCUCUUUCCACUUUCAGUAGCUAGAGAUUUGAUGCAACUUCAAAGUCUUCAAGUAAUUAAAUGUGGGAUUCAAGAAAUUGUUGCCAAGGAAGAAGGAACAGAUGAGAUGGUUAAAUUUGUGUUUCCUCAUUUGACAUUCAUUAAACUUAAUAAUUUGACCAAACUUAAGGCAUUCUUUGUUGGGGUCCAUUCUCUUCAAUGCAAAUCAUUGAAAACAAUUAAUUUGUUUGGAUGUCCAAAAAUAGAGCUAUUUAAGGCAGAGACUUUGAGACACCAAGAAAGUUCCAGAAAUGAUGUGCUCAAUAUCUCAACAUAUCAACCUCUUUUUGUGAAUGAAGACGUGAGGGUACUUGCCAAUGUGGAGAGUUUGUCUUUGAACAAAAAAGAUUUUGGCAUGAUAUUGAAGAGCCAAUAUUCGAGGGUUCAAUUCAACAACAUCAAACACAUUACCGUUUGUGAGUUUUACAAUGAAGAAGCAACUUUUCCAUAUUGGUUCUUGAAAGAUGUUCCUAAUUUAGAAACCUUGUUGGUCGAAUGGAGUUCCUUCAUGGAGAUAUUCCAAGGUGAACAAAUCAUAAGAACAGAAAAGGAACCUGAAAUUAUCCCGCAGCUUAGAAAGUUGACACUAUGGAACCUGACCAGGCUUCAAUGUAUAUGCAAAGAAGGAGUUCAGAUUGACCCAGUUCUACAUUUUCUUGAAAGCAUUUGGGUUUAUCAGUGUUCCAGUCUGAUAAUGUUAGUUCCAUCCUCUGUUACCUUUAGUUACAUGACCAAUUUGGAGGUAACAAAUUGCAAUGGGUUGAAAAAUUUGAUAACACACUCAACAGCAAAGAGUCUUGUCAAACUCACAAUAAUGAAGAUUAAAAUGUGUAAUUGGCUUGAGGAUAUAGUGAACGGUAAAGAAGAUGAGACAAACGAGAUUGUAUUUUGCAGUUUACAAACUCUAGAACUAAUUUCUUCACAAAGGCUAUGUCGAUUUUGUUCAUGCCCAUGCCCCAUUAAGUUUCCGUUGCUGGAAGUUGUAGUUGUCAAAGAAUGUCCUCGAAUGGAACUUUUUUCAUUGGGAGUUACCAACACAACAAAUCUUCAAAAUGUACAAACUGAUGAAGGAAAUCAUUGGGAGGGUGACCUCAACAGAACCAUAAAGAAAAUGUUUUGUGAUAAGGUGGGAUUUGGUAGUUUCAAGCAUUUAAAACUAACUGAAUAUCCCGAGCUAAAAGAAUUGUGGUAUGGUCAACUUGAGCAUAACGCAUUUAGGAGUUUGAAGCAUCUAGUGGUUCAUAAAUGUGAUUUUUUAUCCAAUGUGCUCUUUCAACCUAACUUGGUAGGAGUACUGAUGAACUUGGAAAAAUUAGAUGUGAAGAAUUGUAAUUCAUUAGAAGCAGUUUUUGAUUUGAAAGGUGAAUUCACAGAAGAAAUUGCUGUGCAGAAUUCUACUCAAUUGAAGAAAUUAAAACUAUCCAAUCUUCCAAAACUGAAGCAUGUAUGGAAAGAGGAUCCACAUUACACUAUGAGGUUUCAAAAUUUAAGUGUUGUAUCUGUUGCGGAUUGCAAAAGCUUGAUAAGCCUCUUUCCACUCUCAGUGGCUAGAGAUAUGAUGCAACUUCAAAGUCUUCUUGUAAGUAACUGUGGGAUUGAAGAAAUUGUUGUCAAGGAAGAAGGACCAGAUGAGAUGGUUAAAUUUGUGUUUCCUCAUUUGACUUCCAUUGAACUUGAUAAUUUGACCAAACUUAAAGCAUUCUUUGUUGGGGUCCAUUCUCUUCAAUGUAAAUCAUUGAAAACCAUCAAGUUGUUUAAAUGUCCAAGAAUAGAGCUAUUUAAGGCAGAGCCAUUGAAACUCCAAGAAAGUUCCAAAAAUGUUGAGCAAAAUAUCUCAACUUAUCAACCUCUUUUUGUGUUUGAAGAGGAGCUACUUACAAGUGUGGAGAGUACACCUCAAUUCAGAGAGUUGGAAUUAUUGCAGCUGCACAAGCUUAAAUAUAUAUGUAAAGAAGGAUUUCAAAUGGAUCCUUUUCUGCAUUUUCUUGAAAGCAUUGAUGUUUGCCAAUGUUCCAGUCUGAUAAAGUUGGUUCCGUCCUCUGUUACCUUUAGUUACAUGACCUAUUUGGAGGUAACAAACUGCAAUGGGUUGAUAAAUUUGAUAACACACUCAACAGCAAAGAGUCUUGUCAAACUCACAACAAUGAAGAUUGAAAUGUGUAAUUGGCUUGAGGAUAUAGUGAAUGGUAAAGAAGAUGAGACAAACGAGAUUGUAUUUUGCAGUUUACAAACUCUAGAACUAAUUUCUUUACAAAGACUCAUUCGAUUUUGCUCAUGCCCAUGCCCCAUUAUGUUCCCGUUGCUGGAAGUUGUUGUUGUCAAAGAAUGUCCUCGAAUGGAACUUUUUUCAUUGGGAGUUACAAACACAACAAAUCUUCAAAAUGUACAAACCGAUGAAGAAAAUCAUAGGGAGGGUGACCUCAACAGAACCAUAAAGAAAAUGUUUUUUGAUAAGGUUGCAUUUGGUGAAUUCAAGUACUUAGCCUUAUCUGACUAUCCUGAGAUAAAGGAUUUGUGGUAUGGCCAACUUCAUCACAACAUGUUCUGCAAUUUGAAACAUCUUGUGGUGGAAAGAUGUGAUUUUUUAUCACAUGUACUUUUUCCAUCAAAUGUAAUGCAAGUGCUACAAACAUUGGAAGAACUAGAAGUAAAAGAUUGUGAUUCCUUAGAAGCAGUGUUUGAUGUGAAAGGUAUGAAGUCACAAAAAAUAAUGAUUAAACAAAGCACUCAAUUGAAAAGAUUAACUGUGUCUAGCUUACCCAAAUUGAAGCACAUAUGGAAUGAGGAUCCUCAUGAAAUUAUCAGCUUUGGAAACUUAUGCACAGUGGAUGUUUCUAUGUGUCAAAGCUUGUUGUAUAUCUUUCCAUAUUCACUAUGCCUAGAUCUUGGACAUCUUGAAAUGCUUAAGAUAGAGUCUUGCGGAGUCAAGGAAAUUGUUUCAAUGGAAGAAACUGGAUCAAUGGAUAUUAAUUUUAAUUUUCCCCAAUUGAAAGUUAUGAUAUUGUAUCAUUUGAACAAUCUUAAGAGUUUCUAUCAAGGAAAGCAUACUUUAGAUUUCCCUUCAUUGAAGACUUUGAAUGUAUAUCGUUGUGAAGCAUUAAGAAUGUUUUCUUUCAACAAUUCAGACUUGCAACAACCUUACUCGGUUGAUGAAAAUCAGGACAUGCUAUACCAACAACCCCUAUUUUGUAUUGAAAAGUUGAGCCCAAACCUGGAGGAAUUGGCACUAAAUGGCAAAGAUAUGUUGGGGAUAUUGAAUGGUUAUUGUCAAGAAAAUAUCUUUCAUAAAGUCAAAUUUCUUCGUUUACAAUGCUUCAAUGAAACUCCAACUAUUCUUCUGAAUGAUUUCCAUACAAUAUUUCCUAAUGUUGAAACAUUUCAAGUGCGUAAUAGUUCUUUUGAAACAUUGUUCCCCACUAAAGGAGCCAGAAGUUAUCUCAGUAUGCAAAUGUCAAAUCAAAUAAGAAAGAUGUGGCUUUUUGAAUUGGACAAGCUCAAGCACAUCUGGCAGGAAGAUUUUCCAUUGGAUCAUCAUCUGUUACAAUAUCUUGAAGAGUUACAUGUAGUGAAUUGUCCAAGUUUGAUAAGCUUGGUACCAUCAUCGACAUCUUUCACAAAUUUAACCCAUUUAAAAGUGGACAACUGCGAAGAGUUGAUCUAUUUGAUAAAAAUUUCAACAGCUAAAAGUCUAGUUCAACUCAAAGCAUUAAACAUAACUAAUUGUGAGAAGAUGUUGGAUGUCGUGAAUAUUGACGAUGAUAAAGCAGAGGAAAACAUCAUAUUUGAAAAUCUGGAAUACUUGGAAUUUACUUCGUUGUCAAAUUUGAGAAGCUUCUGCUAUGGGAAACAAACAUUCAUAUUCCCAUCUUUACUCCGUUUCAUCUUUAAAGGAUGCCCUCAAAUGAAGAUCUUCUCAUCUGCACUCACAGUAGCACCAUGCCUCACAUCAAUUGAGGUGGAAGAAGAAAACAUGCGAUGGAAAGGUGAUCUUAACACAACUAUUGAACAGAUGUUCAUAGAAAAGGAAGUCCCACCUUCUAAUUAAUAUAUUGAAUGAUGAGACCAUCAUCUAUCCUCACAUUUGCAAGGAUGACGCACAGGCGCAAGAAACAUGUGAGAAGUAGUGCCAAGGAGCUAUUUAUAUUGGUGUUUGGAAGACUUUCUUUUAUUUUAUAUUUACGUUGUUAUUUGAUUGGCUUGCAUGUCAAGUACCUUGUAUUGGAAUUUUACUCUCAUUGCUCCGUUGUGUGACGUCGAGGGAUUCUUUUAUUAUGUUACCUAUUUGUUUAAUUACCAAAUUCAACCAUGACAUUUUUGGGGGUGUUUCUACGUGUUUGAUGGAACACUCUUUUUAUUUCGAAAAAUUGAACAUUUUUAUUUGGACAAAUGGCAUGCAUGCUAUGUCCUAAGCCUA